CACUUCCUUCAAACACGUGUUUCACUGGGACAAUAGUGAGUGGUGCACACUUCCUUCGCCCGGCCACAGAAGACAAAAAAGAGUUGCUGGUGUAACAAUAGGAAGAAUAUAUUCCACUCCUCUCUUGUACACGCGGCUUAUGAGAAGGAAAAACAAGGAGAGGAUGUUGUGCGUAAAAGUAAAGCCAACCGACCACAGCUCUGUAGUCCUGGUCACCGUUGACGUGAGGUGGGACUAUUUUGGAGGUGCACGUCAAGGUUGGCUGAUGAACGCUCGUCAAGAAGAACGUCCCCUUCAGCAGCAGGAGGAUCCACAGCCCCCCCACAUUAAAGAGGAAGAGGAGGAAGUGUGGAUCAGUCAGGAGGGAGAGUGUCCUGUAGGGCAGGAGGAGGCUGAUGUCAGCAAGUUUCCACUGACUGUUGUCUCUGUGAAGACUGAAGAGCAUGAAGACAAACCACCUGAGUCCUCACAGCUUCAUCACAGUCCAAACGUCUGUGAAGAACAUCUUCUCCCUGAGCAACAGAAGUGGAGCUUCAGGAUGGAGCCACAGCCCUCCCACAUUAAAAAGGAAAAGAAACACCCACUGAUCCCCCAUUUUAAAGCGGAAGAGGAUGACCCACUGACCACUCACAUCAAAGAGGAAGAGGAGGACUCAUUGACCCCCAAUUUUAAAAAGGAAGAGGAGAAGCCACUAAUAACCCAUUUUAAAGAGGAAGAGGAGGACCUACUGACCCCUUACUUUAAAGAGGAAGAGGAGGACUCAUUGACCCCCAAUUUUAAAAAGGAAGAGGAGAAGCCACUAAUAACCCAUUUUAAAGAGGAAGAGGAGGACCUACUGACCCCUCACUUUAAAGAGGAAGAGGAGGACCAAGAGCCGCCGCACAUUAGAGAGGAAGAGGAGGAAGAGGGCAUCAGUCAGCCUAAAUGGUUGGAGGAGUUCCCAGUGACUGGUGUCCCUGUGAAGAGUGAAGAUGAUGAGGUGAAAGGUGAAAGUGAGGAGAGGGGAGGGGGGGAGCCUCCAAGCAGCAGCUCAACACAACACAUGACAACAGAAGCUGAUGGAGACCACUGUGGAGGAUCACAAGCAGACAAGCUCUUAGCUCCACUAUCAGAUAGUGAGGACACAACGUCACACUCUCCUGACACUGAUGAUGAAGACUCUAAAGAUGAUAAGACAUGUCACACUGACAACACUCGCUUCACAUGUUCUCACUGUCACAAAACUUUUAAAUACCAUUGUCGUCUAAAAUCACACAUGAGAACACACACUGGAGAAAAACCUUUCUCUUGUUCAAUCUGUGGUAAAGGUUUUACACAAAGUAUCAAUUUGAAAGUACACAUGAGAACACACACUUGUGAAAAACGUUUUUCCUGUUCAACCUGUGGUAAAGGUUUUACACAAAGUCAGAGUUUGAAAAUACAUAUUAGAACACACACUAGAGAAAAACCUUUUUCUUGUUCACUCUGUAGUAAAGGUUUUACACAAAGUAUCAAUUUGAAGGUACACAUGAGAACACACACCAGUGAAAAACCUUUUUCCUGUUCAAUCUGUGGUAAAGGUUUUAGAGAAAGUCAACAUUUGAAAAGACACAUGAGAACACACACUGGUGAAAAACCUUUUUCAUGUUCAAACUGCGGUAAACAUUUUACUCAGAGGCCAGAUUUAAAAGUACACAUGAGAACACACACUGGAGAAAAACCUUUUUCAUGUUCUAUCUGUGGUAAAGGUUUUUCAAGAAGUCAACAUUUGAAAGUACACAUGAGAACACACACUGGAGAAAAACCUUUUUCAUGUUCAAUCUGCGGUAAAGAUUUUACUCGAAGGGAAAAUUUCAAAAAGCACAUGAGAAUACACACUGGAGAAAAACCUUUUCCUGUUCAAUCUGCAGUAAAUAUUUUGCGCAACGACACUAUUUGAAAGAACACGUGAGAACACACACUGGAGAAAAACCUUUUACAUGUUUAGUAUGUUGUAAAAGUUUUUUACAAAGUCAGCAUUUGAAAAGACACACGAGAAGACACCCAGGAGAGAAAGUGUUGAG